AAUGCUCCAAGGCAACAGCUGAUUCCAUUGAUUCCUUUCAAUAGUAACAAUGAAUGGGUCAAAUAAACCCCGCUUACGCGAUUGAACUUGCCCCGGUAUAGCAUACCUUUAGCUCAAUCGAUUGGCAUUAGUCCAUUCGUGUAAGGACCAAAAUGGAGACAGGAGGACUGAGAAACAGGGACUUGAGUCCUUCUUUAAAGGAUAAAUUAAAAGCUCAUUAUGACACGAGAGGGAAGAUUUUUGAAGGACCACGCCUUGAGACAGCUGGGACAAUCGGAGCCACAUUUCUCUGGUGCCAGACCGUCGGUUUGGUACUCAUCUCAAUAUUUAUCAUAUUCCCUGAACUGUAUCCGGAGGACCACGUAAACAUGUCGGGAUUUAUUCUAUUUCUCUUUGCGGAGAUUGCCGUUAAUUGGGUUUUGGCAGCCCGGAUGAAACCAUCGGUUUACACGGGUGACCGUCAAGAAAAUGGUUCAUCUUCUACAAUGUCAAAUAACAAUGCAAUCCUUCAUCCACCAAACCAAGGAGCGCUGAUGACUCGGACAGACGACUGGUCCUACUGUCUCCAUUGUCAGCAGGAUGCCCCACCGAGAUCACACCAUUGUAAAGUUUGCCAGUGCUGCAUAAUGAAACGAGAUCAUCAUUGCUUCUUCACGAACUCCUGCAUCGGACACUUCAACCAGAGAUACUUCAUUGUACAUGUCUUCUACGUUGCCAUUGGAACAGCAUGCUGCUUGUACUGGCUUGGGGCAUACUUGGACAAGUUUGUGCCAUUCCUAAGCAGUGACAUUGUCGCCUACAUUCCGUUGGUCCAGAUUGUCAUGUUCUUCCUUGGAAAGAUAUCGCUCCUGAACAUGUUACUUAUCAUACUUCUCUACCUCACUUUGUUCUGUUGCGUUUGUGGUACUGGAUUCUUUCUUUGGGAAAUGGCUGUGGUCGUGAGUGGACAGACCUCGUAUGAAGCCUGGAAACUCAUAAGGAAGUACAAAUGUGGAAGCCUUUUUGCAAGAUUGCGUGCCGUAUUUGGACCAUUCUGGCUUCUCAGUUUCAUAAUUCCGCUUCCAGUUAAGCAGCCUGGAGAUGGAAUUCACUGGGAAUUGGCCAAAGCCACAAAGCGAUGGUAGGACGCCCUCUAUGAACAAUCAAAUGACAUUGUUUAGUCCUUGUUUAUUGGCUUGGCACUAUAAAACGAAUAUUCCUGAAAAAUAGCUAUUUUCUCUCAAAAUAAAGUAAUGUUGCAUAGAACAGUAUAUGAGAUGCCAAGUCCAAUCACUGCCAUAAUCAUGGUCAUCAUUUCUGUUAUUUUGCCUGAAAAGCAGUUUGUAUAGUAUCCACUCUGAUAAUGAUUAGCGGGUCUGUUUCUCCAAAACAACAUAUUUACAAAGCUAAGCCUUGAAAAAAAUGAUUAUCAUUAAUCCUCUUAAUUAGUCCCAUUUCUAAAAUGCGUUUUGGCUUGUAUCAUUAAACAUGCUGGAAGUGGGAGUUUUACCAAAAUCUCCUUCCAGGUACCAGCAAUAUCUGUUGCUCAGCAACCAGUUACAACACAUUUGUUUGAAACUGGUUGUAAAUUGUAAACAUGUUUUGACUAGCCUAGUCCUUACAGUACCUAAAAAUAUAACUUUGAUCAUUACUAUUUGCUCAUUUUUUUAAUGAUGAUAUCGAGUAUUUUGAGAAUCACCAGCAAGAAAUACGGUUUUUAUCUAUUUUAAGAUGUUUCAGCUCUAGUCAUCCUUAGGAUACAUCCAUUUUAUCAUAGUUCAGUCUCAGAUUUUUAGAAUUUUUAGUGCCAAUAUUGGCAAAAGACAUAUCUUUGCACAUCAUUAGACAAUUUAGAUAUUACAUGUAAGAUCAAGGUGUAUGUUAUGGCACAAUUUAUACUGGCACUCGAAAACUAUGUCACCUGAAUCUUCGGAAGACCACAAAUAUUUCUGAUAUUGCACUUCAACCACCAAGUACUUGUUUAUCUCCAGUCUUCAAACAUAUCAUUGUAUUGCUCACAUCUACAUGUAAAAAUACUUUUAUCCAUCGAUAUAUAUCAUUUAGCAUGUAUUAGAUAAUAAAGAUAGAACAUUUUUAUAAUUGAAAAGCCAUUGUUUGUUUUAGGGUGAAGUGUGCUUCUCUAAUGAGGACACGGCUUCGAGGGAAAGAUGUUUUCCUGAUUUGAGAGGCGUCUUGAUUAAAGAGACAAAAUCAAAUCGAACGAAGCAAUAUCGGUGUUCUUGGUGGGUGUCCUCACAAAGGCGUCAGUGGAGGGAGGACCAUG